AUGCUCUUGCUGGAUAAAGCCCGAGCCAGAGGAUCAUCACAAGAAAAACAGAAGAUGUUCUUGCUGGAUAAAGCCCGAACCAGAAGAUCAUCACAAGAAAAACAGAAGAUGUUCUUGCUGGAUAAAGGUGCCCUUACUUG